GUCUAGGAAACGGAAACGCGCAAGCUAAAGACGCAGGAUGUGACUCGAGCCAACAGUUUCAACUUCAGAAAGUUUACUGCUGGCAAGCAUGCAGCUGUCUGCUAGAGAUAAAGAUGCCCCGUCGUUGGACAUUUAUUCAGACGACGAGGAGACGAUUGCGUUUGCGGAAAGAAGAACUGCGAUGGAGGACACAAAUGCAGGUUCAAAUGUGAGAAGCGAAAACCGCGGGGCAACGCCUCGGCGGCCACCUGUCCGGCAGAGGUACUGGAGGAACACACACCUGUGGCCCGCUCGUAUCGGCUCUGUGCUGUGCAGUAUAAUCUUUGUAUCGUUUAUCGCAGUGUUGAUCGCAUUUCUUUACAUCAUUUUAAAAGAUUUAAAAACAGAGAGGAUAACCACUGAAGAUGGAUCAGAAGUGCGACUCCUAGGUUUCUGGAGUAUUUUGGUCCUGUCUUCUGUGGCUGGUGUUUUGUGUUGCAGUUUCUCCUGGACUCUAACUUACUUUGACUCCUUUGAGCCAGGAAUGUUUCCUCCAACUCCUCUUUCUUCAUCCAGAUACAAAAAAAUGACCGGACACUCUUUCCACAUGGGCUACAGUAUGGCUAUACUCAACGGCAUAGUGGCUGGACUCACUCUUAUAUGGUAUCUCAUCUGAUGCACAUCCUCCGACACCUCGACUGCCAUUCAACACGCAGUCAUAAGAAGAUGAUUUAAUGGCAGAAGGAAGUGUCAAAUAGUUUUACGAAUAAAACUACAGAUAAAACUGAAAAAAAAAAUCAACACAAAGUAUGGAAUACUAGCUUAAACAUUUAUUACAUUUAAAUUUUGUGGUUGUUUAGAUACAGAAUAAAACUACAUAAUGUUUUGUUUUUUGAGAUAAUUUAUAAUAUUUUUUUUAUAUAUAUGCUUAUUUGACAAAAUCAGUAAACGCACAGUGACUUUCUUAAUGGACUACAUUUCGGAGAAAAAACAUUAGCGAUGUCAGGGUCUCUUUAUUAGCCACUUAUUUUCUCUUCUAAAAGGCUUUUAUUGCAGAAUCCUCUUUUUACCAUCACAAAAGCAGUGUGUUAAAUCUGCUUUCUGCCCUUUUGAAUGCUAUUCAUUGUCAGUCUGACAGCAUACGAAUGAUGUUUAAGUCUUUCUAAAAAAAAAUUGGAUUAGCAUUGUAGAAGCUACUCUUAGCAAAAGACUAAAGUCCCCUUGCAUUCGUGCUUUAUUAAAACUCAACGUCGCUGCUCUAUUGAUCGUUUUAAUGGGGGAAAUCAUUAAUACAAUAGCUGUUUUGGGCUUGAUGAAGAGUGACCGUGUUUAAGAGCUUUGUUGAGAGCCUGAGAGAAGGUCAGAGAGUGUAGAAGUGUGGAUUUAAUUUAUGACUUUAAUUAUUUGAUGCAGACUCUGCCAGGCCAUGAUUAUUAUUUUUUUUUCUUCAUUAGAUUAGCAGGCCCUGUAGCGACUCAUUUCAGCUAGCUCUAAUGCACUGGGCCUUCUAGUGUAUAUGGAUUAUUAAUGUACUGCCACUUCUCUAUGUGUUUGUGGUGUUUAUUUGUAUCUGUGGCAACAAGGUCCGAUUAUUUGUUUUCUUUUACAAGACAUUUCCAUCUCCAUUAUUAGCACCUUUUAAAAACAAAAUAGAGAAAUUGAUUUCUUUGUGGAGAUUUUAGCAUUUUCAGAAUUUGUUCAACUCAAACCUGUCAACAUUGUAGGGUAUUUUAACCCUUGUGCAUCCUUAAGGAGAUUUUUGUCUUUUUCGUUUUAUUUUUUGCUGUUAAAGGGAUAGUGCAGCUAAAAUUGACAAUUCUGACAUCAUUUGUAGAGGCCAUGGUCUUUAGCCUCCUUGUUAGAGCAACCGACUCCCAUGCGGAAAGUCGCCGGGUUCGAUCCCAGCUCGGAGUGGGUUGGGUGGUAUAGAAUCAGAAAGAGCUUUAUUGCCAGGUAUGUUCACACAUACGAGGAAUUUGUUUUCGUGACAGAGCUUCUACAGUGCAACAGAAUUACAGAGACAGGACAAAAACAGAUAAUAAAUAUAUUUUAAAAAUAGAAGUAAGUAUUCAAUGCAAAUAUACAAAUUGACAAGAGUAUGUACAGGUAUAUUACUAUAUACAACGUUAUAUGUGCAGCUGUUAUGUGCAAAUUGGCAUGUAAAGUGUGUUGUUAAAUAAGUGUAUAUGUCUAUAAAAGUGUAUAGCAAGUAGUGAUGUUGGUUCCACAAUUAAUAUCAUCUAGUGUUCAUGAGAUGGAUUGCCUGAGGAAAGAAACUGUUUCUGUGUCGGGCUGUUCUGGUGCACAGUGCUCUGUAGUGUCAGCCAGAAGGUAAAAGUUCAAAGAGGCAGUGUACUGGGUGUGAGGGGUCCAGAGUGAUUUUGGCAGCCCUUUUGCUCGCUCUGGAUAAGUACAGUUCUUGGGGAGUAGGGAGGGUUGUACUGUGCUGUACUGUAGCUGAGCUAAACCAUACAUUUAUUGAUGUGCAGAUGACUGAUUCAAUGACGGAGGUGUAGAACUGUUUUAGCAGCUCCUUUGGGACAUUGAACUUCCUCAACUGAUGAAGAAAGUACUGCCUUUGUUGAGCUUUUUUGAUAAUGGAAUCGAUGUGAGUGUCCCACUUCAGGUCCUGAGACCCCACUGCUACCACUAUCCUGUCCAUGAUGCUCAGUGGGGGGAGAGCAGGGGGGUUCUCCUGAAGUCUACUAUCAUCUCCACUGUUUUGAGCAUGUUGAGCUCCAGGUUUUUGUGACUGCACCAGACAACCAACUCCUCAACCUCCUGUCUGUAAGCAGACUCGUCACCGUCCUGAAUGAGGCCAAUAAAUGUGGUGUCGUCUGCAAACUUCAAGAACUUCAAGAGUCUUUUGAACUGCAGUCAAUCGUGUACAAAGAGAAGAGCAGUGGGGAGAGGACACACCCCUGGGGGGCGCCAGUCCUGAUUGUGCGGGUACUGGAUGAGUAUUUUCCCAGCUUCACCAGCUGCUGCCUGUCCGUUAGGAAGCUGUUGAUCCACUAACAGACAGAGGUGGGCACAGAGAGCUGAGUGAAUUUGGGCAGGAGAAUUUUUGGGAUGAUAGUGUUAAAAGCCAAGCUGAAGCCAACAAACAAGAUCCUGACAUAGGUCCCUGGUCUGUCUAGGUGUUGACUGCAUCAUCCACAGACCUGUUUGCUCUGUAGGUAAAUUGAAGAGGACUGGCGGUGUUACAUUAGUGCCAUGACCCGAAUAGGAGUGAGGUUUGGGGGGGGUGACCUCACUCCUCUGACCUCUAAAGAUGCUCUAGCUACAGCCGCUAGAGGCCAUGGCCUUUAGCAUCCCCCCCUCCCCCACCCCUUGGUAAAGCAACCGACUACCAUGUGGAAAGUCACCGUUUCGAUCCCAGCUGUGGUUUAGGACUGGCGGGGUUACAUUGGUGUCGUGACGUUUAGGGGGGCAGGUAAACCUCACUCCUCUGACCUCUAAAGAUGCUCUUGCGACAGUCGCUAGUGACCAUGAUCUUUAGCUUCCUUAUUAGAGCAACCGACUCCCAUGCGUAAAUCCGCCGGUUCGAUCCCAGCUUGGAGCGGGUUGGGUGGGAAAGGACUGGUGAAGUUACAUUGGUGCCGUGACCCCGGAUGGGAGUGAGGUUUAGCGGGGUGAGUGUAAUGGGGGCCAGUUAGUGAAGUGCUGUGCUGGUAAACCUCACUCCUCUGACCUCUAAAGUUGCUUUAGUAACAGUUGCAAGAGGCCAUUGUCUUUAGACUCCUUGUUAGAGCAACUGACUUCCAUGCGGAAGGUCGCUGGUUCGAUCCCAGCUCGGAGCGGGUUGAGUGGAAUAGGACCGGGGGAUUACAUUGGUGCCGUGACCCAGAUGGGAGUGAGGUUUAGCAAAGUGAGUGUAGCGGAGACCAGUUAGUGAAGUGCUGUGCAGAUAAACCUCACUCCUCUGACCUCUAAUGAUGCUCUCGUGACAGACGCUAGAAGCCAUGGUCUUUAGCCUCCUUGUUAGAGCAACUGACUCCCACAAAGUAAGUCGCCAGUUUGAUCCUCAGCACUUUUUUGACAUUUUUAGUGCUCCUAUGUAACUUUUUAAAUUGACACAAAAUGGAGAUAUCUGCGUGCGGGAUCACACUCUGCAUGUGUUUGUGUUCUUCAGCCUUGCUUUUUUAGUUUUUGCUUUGACUUUGUGAAAGUGUCUCUCUUAAUGCUGUUUCUGUUGAGGUGAAGGUCUGUCUGAGAUAAACUCUCAUGUGCUUUCAUUUGUGCAGUGCAACUGUCAGACAAUAUUCAGUGCUGCCUGAAAACAUCUGAUUUAGAGGUUGAAUGGUUUGCUUGCUUGCUUUUCCUUUCCAUUUAAAUAAUCAGGGAUGAAAAAACAACACUGGAUUAUUCAUCUUCUACUCAAGAUGUGUAAUGUUGCAUUAAUACCACAAGUAAUGUUUUCAGAAUGUAUUUACUUGUUUUUUUAAUAAAAAGUUUCUGUAUUAAUGCAUUA